CAGAAAUUGCCUUUCUCUCAUGCAUGAAGAUCUUCUUCAUGCAACCUUUAUAAUUUUCUCUUCCAAUUUUGUCUUCUUCCUCAACAGUCACUACAGUCCUUUCUUCGGGGAAAUUCUUCAUCACUAUCUUCCAUUUCUACACACUUAAUUUUCCUCCUCCUUCAAUAUAUAUAUGUAUAUUUAUAUGCAUGCAAACCAAAUUAAACCUGCCUUCUUUGGUUCUCUGUCUUAUUUCAUUUUCAUGUUUAAGCAAACUAUGGGCAAGUGCAAAGACCAUUCGAAGAGCAAAACUGCUGAAACUAAAGUUAAGAGAAACCCCAUUAAGGUUACGUAUAUUUCUAGUCCGAUGAAGGUGAAAGCUAGCAGUGCUUCUGAGUUUAGAGCCAUCGUCCAAGAACUUACAGGGAAGAACUCUGACAUUUUUAAAGAUCAUUCUGAUGAUAGCUAUGCCACAGUUGAUCUCCCUGAGGAAGCUAAUAAUUAUCAAGCUAUUAAUCUGCAGGAGGGCGAUCGACUUUUGCAGAAUGAUGUUGCUGUUUUCAGUGCUCAUGAUUACCUGUUGGAUGAUGCAUUUUCGAGCCAUGUACUCGAUCAAAUCGAUGAACGUUUCAUGUGGAGAGAUGUUUCUGCUGAGAGUUCACUUGGAUUUCAAUCUCCUUACUGUUUUUCUUAGAUUAGAUUAGAGAAUUGGUGUUUAAUGUUAAAUAGAGUUACCUAAUAGUUAUCAUUAUAUAUUAUAAGUUUCAAAUGAUCUUCUUGGUCCUCUAAAUUAAUUUCUUCCUGAGUUCAGUGUAAAAUCAAAUCAAAAUUAUGUUUAACUGUCAUCAUUUUAAGCA